CUUGCCUAGUUCUCUGUACCCUUUGAUACCCAUUAAAGUCUCUUCAGUAAUACAUUGACCGGAAAACUUGCUACUGCACUUGCGAAUAAGUCACCAUGGCACCAAACAAAAAGGUUCUCAUCGUCCUCUCCGACGCCAACUCUUUCCCUCUGUACAACACGGGUAGCGAUGGGAAAACAGUCUCACAAGAUUCUGGCUAUUUCCUCAUGGAGCUCGCCAAACCACUAUCCAAGAUUCUAGACGCAGGUUAUGAAGUCACGUUUGCAUCGCCCGAAGGCAAAGAACCCACACCGGACCCUUUGAGCGUGUCGCUCGCCGCCUUCGCAGGCAACUACUACGAGAAGCAGCGCGAAUUGGACCUGAUUGAAAGGAUGAAGAAGGAGAACGGCUUCUCGAGGCCGAAGAAGUUCUCUGAAAUCAGCGAUGAGGAGCUGAAGGGCUUCGAUGGUGUCUUCAUUCCUGGAGGACAUGCGCCCCUAAGGGAUCUCGGGGAUAAUGCAGAUCUGGGCCGUAUGCUAUCGCAUUUUCACGGCGAGUCGAAACCUACAGCAGCCAUCUGCCACGGUCCGUGGGCAUUCCUGUCGACUAAAUAUGGACCCAAGAAGGAAUUCGAGUACAAGGGAUACAAGAUGACGAGCUGGUCGGAUGCGGAAGAGAAGAUGAUGGAGACGAUGUUGAGGGGUGAGAUUGAUAAGGUUGAGAGUAGGCUGAGAGAAGAAGGUGCUGACAUGCAGGAGGGUAUUGGGAAAAGUCUGGGCAGCAUCACUGUAGAUAGGGAGCUUGUGACAGGAGAUAAUCCGAUGGCGGCGAAUGCUCUUGGAGAUAAGUUUUUGGAGAUGCUGGCUGCAAGAUAAGGGGGUAUGAUAACGAGGAUGAUGGUGAUGAUGAUGAUGAUGAUGAUGAUGAUGAAGAGGAAGAACAAAGUAUAUACAACUAUUGAGGAAUUUGAGCACGAACAAGGUAUUGGCAAUAUGCUGUGGUGUCAUGCAGAGACAGUACUCACAUAGCUGGAUGGUGAGCAAUCGGAUGGAUGCGGAAC